AUGUCAGAACCACAACAACAACAAGUUAAUUUAGGAUCAUUAUCCUUAGAACAAUUACAGAUGGUUCGUGAACAAGUUGAAGCUGAAAUUCAACAACUUUCAGAAUCAAUUCAACAACUCAAACAUGCAUCAAAUAAGUAUAUAGAAGCUAAAGAAGCUAUGGGUGGUCUUAAAGGUACUGAUGGAAAAGAUAUGUUAGUUCCAUUAACUUCAUCUAUAUAUUUACCAGGUAAAAUAAAUAGUAAUGAAAAAGUUUUAGUUGAUAUUGGUACUGGUUAUUAUGUUGAAAUGGGUAUUGAACAAGGUCAAAAUUUUUCAAAUAGAAAAGUUCAAUUAAUUACAGAACAAGUUAAUAAAGUUCAAACUGCAAUCAAUAUGAAAAGACAAAAUUUAGAAUCAAUUGUUCAAGUUGCACAAUCAAAAAUAUCUCUUUACAAACAACAACAAGCACAACAAUCACAGCAACAAGUACAACAAAAAUAA